ACAGAUCAAUCAACCUUUUUCGUUUGAUUGGCCACGUGUACUGAAUGCCUCGUGCACGCAAAUUAAUUAGAUACUGUGGCAGGUGAAUUUCGUAAACUAAGUUUCGAGGCACGAGAAAAAGGAAUCCUAUUUCAAACCCAUCAAUUUAAGCGACCUCAAAAUAACCAACUUCUGAAAUAAUGUGUAUAAAAUUGGAAAGAUUCGCGUACUUACGUAACCUAAUGUUAGAUUCGAUUUAUAUUUCAUACAUAGUUAUUAAAAGUCCAAGAAACAGGACCACAUACAUACUGGCUAGGUUUUACGAAAUUCAAAGCAUAGGGGUCAUAUAUAUAUAUAUAUAUAUAUAUAUUUUCUUUGCUAAACCAUAGGUCAUAUAUAUAUAGAGAAGCAAAUGAGACCACAGUUGUGACUUGAGACCUUCCUCACUCUUUCUCCCGAGUUAAGAGUUAGUGUGACUCAUUCUUUGAUAAAAAAGAACAAAAAAAUAAGAACGGCCAUGAAGGUAUAUGGAGAUGAGAUGUCAGCGUCCGUGGCACGUGUUCUUCUCUGCCUCCAUGAGAAGAACACCGAGUUCGAGCUUGUCCCUGUCAAUCUCUUUGCUUGCCACCACAAGCUCCCUUCUUUUCUCUCCAUGAACCCCUUUGGCCAAGUUCCAGCUCUACAAGACGAUGAUCUUACUCUUUUUGAGUCGAGGGCAAUCACUGCAUAUAUAGCAGAGAAACAUAGAGACAAAGGAACGGAUUUGACAAGACACGAAAACUCUAAAGAAGCAGCGAUUGUGAAGUUAUGGUCGGAAGUGGAGGCUCACCACUUCAACCCGGCGAUAUUCGCCGUCAUCCACCAGCUCAUUGUGGUGCCGCUUCAAGGCGAAUCUCCUGAUGCAGCCAUCGUAGAGAAGAAUCUGGAGAAGCUAGGGAAAGUACUCGACGUGUACGAAGAGAGACUUGGGAAGACAAAAUACUUAGCCGGAGAUACUUACACACUUGCAGAUCUCCACCACGUUCCGUACACUUACUACUUCAUGAAGACGAGUCAUGCCGGUUUGAUCAACGACCGUCCUAAUGUCAAGGCGUGGUGGGAAGAUCUCUGUUCUCGUCCGGCUUUUCUUAAAGUCUCUCCUGGCUUGACCGUUGCUCCCACCACAAAUUGAUCCAAAGAUUCUCACUGCGUCUUUUUUGUUUUCUAUGAUAUCAAGUUUUUGUUUCGUUUUUUGGGUGUUGUUUUUGCGUUUGCGCAUCCAGGGAAUCGAACCCUGAUUAGAACCGUGGGAGGGUACUAUGAUACCAUUACACCAGAUGCGCUUUUGUGAUGCGAGGCCCAAAAUAUUAUUCUUUCCAUAGCCGUUAAAUUUUGAGGCAUUAGAGCUUGUGUC